AUGACCCUAACCGAGACGCCCUUCACCAUCGACAACCUUCCCUACGGUGUAAUCUCCACCGCGGAGACACCAACUCCAAGAUGCGCGACUGUUCUGGAGGACGAUGUCAUAGAUCUGAGUGCACUUGAGAAGGAUGGAUAUUUCAAGUCAAUUCCGGGAUUCAAAGGCGAAGUUUUCUCUAUGCCAACUUUGAACAAGUUCGCCUCUCUUCCCAAAGAAGCCCACGUACAGACCAGAGCAGCGCUUGUCGACCUUCUCUCCGACAAUGAUAUCCGCAAAAAAUAUGCCAUUCCCCUCUCAAAAGUGCAAAACCACCUCCCAAUGGAAACCAAGAACUUCAGCGACUUUUACUGUUCGUUCGAACACACCAGAAACUGCUCCGAACUCUUCUCUCUGAAGCCUCCAGCCUCAUGGUUCGUCAUCCCCUCCGUCUACAACGGACGACAAAGCAGUCUCCGCAUCUCCGGUACUCCUAUCCGACGACCCUGGGGCGUGACGCUCGACUCCAACAAACCCAACGACCCACCAGCUUUCAGACCCAGCGCACGCUUCGACUUUGAGUUAGAAAUGGGCGUUUACCUAUCCCAUCCACUCCCCCCAGGCGAGAUCCUCAACAUCAACAACGCAAAGGACCACAUCUUCGGAUUGGUCAUCCUGAAUGACUGGUCUGCAAGGGAUAUCCAGACAUACGAGAUGGCACCACUGGGCCCAUUCCACAGCAAGGGCUCGGGAACGAGCAUCUCACCAUGGAUUGUACCUAUCGAGGCACUGGAGGGGUCAUACUGUAAUGCGAGGGUGCAGGACCCGGCACCCUUGAAACACCUAGCAUGGAAGGGCAGAGAAACCGAGGCAACAUUCGAUAUUGAAUUGAAAGCGAGGGUUAUCAGUAAGCCUUCCCCUCACCGCUCCUUGACAUCGCCCCUCCAUCCUUGGACCACCAUGACACGAUACUGA